CUGCAAACUGCCACGCGAGAUUUUCGUAACACUUGGAGGGGUUUCUUCGUUGCUUUUCCGCUACUCCAGCGUAUGAACUUGAAAACUUUUCCGGAGUGCGCUGAAAUAUGACUGACCGUCGGACGUGUACGUCGCCACGUUCGCGUUCGCACGAAUCAUUGCAUAUUUAAAUACACAAUUACAUCAUCGACGUCCAAGGGAAGGAGAGAUGACCCUACGUGUUCUCCCUCUUCUUGUAUCAAUGUUGCGAGAAGCUACGGUAAGCGUGCGCGAGCGAGGGCUGCAUGCGGCACGAUAAAAAUAUUUAAUGAGAUACUCUCAUUGGCCGAUCAUGGUAGAGAGCGCCCAUUUGAUUACAUUGUAGGACUUCCCAGUCUUUAUGCAGAUAUUCUACAAUACACAUCGAGUCUUCAUUGGCAAAUGCAUUGAGUGACAAAGAGAGAAAAAUAGAAAGAGAAAACAGAAUUAUUUUACCUUCCUGAAAGAGCGUUUGUCCUGUUGCGUUUAAAUCAAUACUUUCCUUCGCGCAAGAAGCGCGAGAACGAAAAAGAAAUAAGGGAUUAUGACGCGUAAAAGCACAAUUAAUCGCACGUUAAAAUUAAUGCUCACUUUAUGCGGUAUAUGGCCAGGCACAUCGUGUAUUAUGAUUUGCAGGACAUAUUGGAUUAUCGCGUUAGCAACAGAUGAAAUUUGCCACUACCGUUACCUUUUAAUGCAUUUGCAUUCUAACGAUCUUUUUGACUUGAUGGACUGUUUCAGUAGUUUUUUAACGCAAGUAAAAUUUUCGAUUAAGUUGAUUAUAUUUUGGCUUAAUGAGCGAAAAUUCAUCGAGAUCUUGACGAUGAUGGCAGAAGAUUGGAAUGAUUGCGCUGGCAGCGACAUUAACAUGCGCGAAACGGUAUACAAAGCUAAAUUAGCAAACCGUAUUACUAACGCGAUGUUCACUCUUCACACGUUGACCAUCGUUGCAUACAGUAUCGGCAUUUUCUUGGCCGACGUCGACGUCACCAGUCAGUCCGAAUUACCUCUUCUCUUAAAGGUGGAGCUUCCUGUCGACAUAAAUACAAAACGCAUGUAUAAAACGCUAUUGGGCAUGCAAUUCGUGCAUCUCAUUAUGUCCGGCUGUGGUACGGGUCUACUGAACGCCUUGCUCUUAACUUUGACUUUACACGUAGGUGGUCAGAUGGAUAUUCUGCGCUGUUGGUUAACCGAGCUCGUACCGAGGGGAAAUGAAGAAAGAUCUGAAUCUGUCGCCGUUGCGACGACUAAAAUCAUUCGCAAGCAUCAACGAAUCAUUAACUUUUCGGAAUACAUUGAGGAUCUAUAUACAUACAUCGCGUUAGUGCAAUUCACAUUGAACACCGUGCUGAUUUGCUCCUUGGGAUUUCUUAUUGUAACGGCAAUUGGUAGUCCCGACGCAACGGAGCACAUAGUGCGGUCUCUUUUAUUUUACACCGUAACGAAUCUCGAAGCGUUCAUAUUUUGUUACGCAGGAGAAUAUUUAAAAAACAAGAGCAAAGCCAUCGGAAAUGCGGCGUACAAUUCCACUUGGUACGAAAUGAAACCUAAAAACAGUCGUAAUUUGAUAUUCGUGAUAUUAAGAGCGCAGAAGCAAUUGACACUUACAGUCGGAAAAGUAAUGGAUCUCUCCUUAGAAUCUUUUACAAGUGUAAGAUUCAUACGCAACAAAAAGAAAUAAGAAAUUAUGGCUCGUAAAAGUACGCUUAACCGCACGUUGAGGUUUAUGCUCACUAUGUGUGGUAUUUGGCCGGGUACACCGUACGUUCUGCUCUGCAGAAUAUUUUGGGUCGUUUCUUUGACAGUUACUUUAUUCUGCCACUAUCGUUAUUUUCUGACACACGUAUAUUCUGCCGAAAUCUUGGAUUUGAUGGACUGUCUGUCCAGCUUCCUUGCAUAUUCCAAAAUAAUUAUCAAAUUUAUUGUGUUUUGGUUAAAUCAGCGAAAACUCAUCGAAAUCUUGGCAGUGAUGACGGAAGACUGGAGCGAUUGCACUAAUAAUGACAUUAGUAUGCGCGAGAUAGCACGCAAAGCGAAAAUAUCGGAUCGUAUUGCAAAUGCGGUCGUCACCCUUCACACGGUGACAAUUGUUGCAUAUUGCAUCGGUAUCAUCCUGGCCGAUGCCGAUGUCACUGACACUACGAAAGAAUUACCUUUAAUCAAUAAGCUAGAAAUUCCUUUCGACAUAAACACGCAGUCCACAUACAGAAUCAUUUUAAUCGCAGAAUUUUUGCUUAUGAUUCUUUGUGGAUGGGCGGCUGGUAUAACAAACUCUUUAUUAUUAACAUUGACUUUACAUACGGCUGGCCAAAUCGAAAUUAUGCGUCACCGGCUGACGCAACUUGUGUCUCGUAAGAACGAGGGCGAAUCAAUUGCUAUGACUACGAGUAAAAUUAUUCAAAAACACCAAAAAAUUAUCAGUUUUUCAAAAAACAUUGAAAGUCUUUAUUCAUAUAUCGCAUUGCUUCAGUUUGUGUCAAACACGAUAAUGAUAUGCUCGCUAGGUUUCGUUAUAGUAACAGCAAUCGGUAGCCCCAAUGCGGUAGAACAAAUAAUGAAAUCAUUUUUAUUUUUCACUAUAACAAAUCUUGAAGCAUUUAUAUUUUGCUACGCUGGAGAAUAUUUGAAUAAUAAGAGCAAAGAAAUUGGUGUCGCGGCAUAUAACUGUGAAUGGUACGAUUUAAAAUGUACAGAAAGUCGUCUUCUGUUAUUUGUCAUAUUAAGAUCGCAGAAACAGCUGACACUCACAGUAGGAAAGAUGAUGGAUCUCUCCUUAGCAUCAUUUACAAGCAUCAUGAAUGCUUCGGGAUCAUAUUUGUCAAUGCUGUUGGCGAUGCAAUAAGCAGUUCCAUAAUUUUUAAAUAAUCCCAGAAAACUUGAAGUUAUUCGUAAAUCACUAGUUACAAAAAU